AUGGAUGCUAUGGCUCUCGCAUUUUGGAUCGAGAGGAUUGCCUUCCUUCUUAUACUUUACCAAUAUAUUGAUCUUUGGCUUACAACGAUUUUGCUUUUGAUUAUUUCUAAUCUCAUAUACUUCAUGUGCUUUUCGGAAAUUUGCCAUGUCAAAAUUCAUUGGCAAGGGAAUCCUGAAAACCCUAGCCCUAAACCGAGUAACAAUGUAAGCGGUAGCAUUAUUGUAAGCAGCACUGUUAGCCAAGAGAACUCAACAACAGAGAAGGAGCGUGAAUACGCCUUUUGGAUUGAGCGAUUUGCAUUCAUUUUGACUACAGUCCCACCCCAUUAUUACUGGGGAGUCUGGGCUAGGCGUAUAGCUGCUGGUCUCUUUGUUUUAUCAAACCUGGUUUACACCAAAGACUUGAUAGAGUACAUGAUAGACUUGAUGGAAUCACAGCAGUUUUUCUUAUUUGGCAGCACUAAUAACCCUACAGAAACUAGCAAGGAGGAGGAAUUGAUUGAAGGGGAAGCUAAGAUGGAGAACGAUUUACACACAGAAAAUAAGGAUGAUGAUAUUAAUGACAGCAGUGUAAUGAAGGAAGAUCAAGCAGCCGUAGACCGCAAAAUCACAUCAAAAUUAUCAAAGUCAUCGUUUCGUGUGGUUGCAGUUCUUAUUCUCGUGAUAACCCCCUUCUAUUUAAACUGGGAUUCAAUGAUCUUCUUAUAUCUUGCAUAUGCCCUUCACACACUUUCCUUCCCAAUUGAGCAUCAUUAUGUGGUACAUCAUCAUCACGGAAUCAGCAAAGCUUUUUUGGGAAUUUCUUUCAUAUAUGGAUCAUUACUCUUUUGGAUGGUACCUCAUGGUCUCUAUACUUUAUCUUCUAUGGUUUGCCUUUUUUACUUGACUAGGAACUCGAGAGUGAGAGAGGUGCAGAUGAUAGUUGGUCUUGCUAUUAGAUUUUUUAACUCAAGAGUGAGAGAGCUGCAGAUGAUAGUUGGUCUUGCUACAAGAUUUUUUAGCUCUAAUUCAAAGGAAAGUGACAAGGGUGAGGAGCCAUUGGAAGGGCAAACUACCAAGCAGGAUGAGCUGCCUCAAGGUGACCAAGAAGCUUCUGCAGAAGGUGGAGCAAAUAAUAAAAGGGAAGAAGAACUUUUGGGGUCAAAGAAUGGUUUGGAUUUCAAAAUGCCAGAGAGGGAAGCUGAUGAUAGAUAUGAAGAUGAAUUCCUUUUAGCAUAUUUUUUGGAUGAUGGCAGUGAUACCGGCAAUAAUUCUCUUGCAUCUGAAAGUGAAUCUGAUAGGCAUGGUAACCCAAUUGAUAGAUAUGAAGAUGAAUUCCUUUUAGCAUUUUUUUUGGAUGAUAGCAUUGAUACCAGCCAUAAUUCUCUUGCAACUGAAGGUGAAUCUGAUAGGCAUUGUAACCCAAUUGAUAGACAUGAAGAUGAAUUCUUUUUACCAUAUCUUUUGGAUAAUAGCAGUAGAUAUGAAGAUGAAUUCUCUUUACCAUAUUUUUUGGAUAAUAGCAGUGAUACCAGCCAUAAUUCUCUUACAACUGAAAGUGAAUCUGAUAGCCAUGGUAAUCCAUUUGACUAUGGAAGUGGCAAUGAUAGGCAGCAAGGAUAUGGAGAUUUGUUGGAAAAAAAAGAAGACAGCAUAUGGGAGAGACUAAUCUUCAAGAGGGAGAUAAAGGAUAAGGGAUUUGAACAUAUCCAAGCUCAUCAUGCAUUGAUGGAAAAGCUUAAUCAAUUGGAGGAUGCCAAUUAUACACUCGCUGCAAAGGUUCAUGCUUAUGAAGAAGAUAGACUCAACUGGGAGGGCCAGAAAAAAAAUCUCACUGAAAAGCUCAUUGCAACAAAUGCUUCUACACAACAACGUUCUGAUUAUUACUUACAGUUGAUGAAAGAGAAUAAUGUUUUAUUGGAAAAGACUAAUGUUACAGAUAUAGAUUUGUUUAAACAUGAACAAUUCAAGUUGAUGGAAGAGAAAAACAUGAUCUCUGUAAAGCUCGAUGAGGCGACUAAGUCACUGGAGAAGUACCUAGGCAUUGCAAAUGAAUUUGAGGUGCAACGCGGCAAAUGGGAGGAAGAGAGAAAUGAACUCAAUGCAAAGCUAACAAAUAUAAACUGUUGGUACUACCACUAUGCGCAGCUUGCAAAUAAUUAUAAUGAGCAAAACCGCAUCUUGCUUGAAGAAAGAAACACUGCUAGUGCAAAGCUUGUUGCUGCAAAUGAGUCCUCUGAGAGUUACAAAGCUCGUUUGCUUGAGUCUGAACAAGUUUGCAACAGGUUAAAGGACAAGACUGCUCUUCUUACUGUGAAAGUUAAUGUGGAAGCUUCAUCAGCUGAACACUUUUCAAAACUUUUGCAUGAGUGCCAAGAAAAAUGCAGGGUCUUGGAGGAAGAGAAAAACGAGCUCGUUGUCAAACUUUGCACAGCUAAUGCGUCAUCUGAGCUUUACCAAAGCCUUCUGCAUAAUUUAGAUAUUAUUCAGUAA